AUGGACCUUACCUCCGAUCAAGAACAACUCUUAGACCUUACCUCCGAUCAAGAACAACUCUUGGACUUUACCUCCGAUCAAGAACAACUCUUGGGGCCUCAGAACUCAGAUUUGGAUUCCUUUGUUGCGCCUCAAGACUCAGAUUUGAAUUUCUCCAUUGCGCCUCAAGACUCAGAUUUAGAUUCCUCCGUUGUGCCUCAAGAAUUAACAGAAAUGUCAGAUAAUGAAAUCUAUAAAGGACAGGGUUUGGUUGAGAUCUAUGGUAUAUUACCUAACAUUACUAAAAGAAUUGUAUUCGCUAUUGAUGAUACUUUCCCUAACUGGUCUAUUGCUGAGCAUUAUGUUACUCAAUAUGGCCAUCAAAAAGGAUUCAUGACAAUUAAGAUACGUAAUAAAAUUGACAAUAAUGGACGUUCUAAGAAACUUAAUUGUGAUUGGAAAAUUAACUUGUCAUCAGCAACGGGUCUGGUUCAUAUUACUAGUUUUAAUGAUCACUAUACUGAGCAUCAGCUUUCACCAGACACCAAUAUUUUUGCUCCCAUAAAUCGCUGGUUUUCUGAUGAUUGUCGUGACGAAAUUCAGCACUUAGUUAUAAAUGACCGAUGCAACCUAUCAACAAUAAGGUCUCUUAUAACCACCAAAUAUCCUAAUCAACUUUUUUUAACACGUGAUCUUGCUAAUAUUGUCGCUCAAUUAUGGCGAGAACAUAGUCUUUAUGAAUAUAAGGAGGCAGAUCCUAAUUGGUAUAUUAAGCCAUUAAUAGAUCCUGUUAGUAAUCGUCUUUGUGGAGUUUUUUGGAUGGACCUGGGUCAAAGAGAAAGUAUAUUUAAAAUGCGAUUCAAAAACCUUAUGGAUGAAUAUCCAACUGUGUCUUCAUACUUACAAAAACUAUUUUCAAUUAAAGAAUCGUGGGUAUGUACUUAUACAUUUAAAAUUUUUAAUGGAGAAAUGCAAUCAACCCAGAGGGUUGAAGGGCUUAAUCAUAUUAUUAAAACGGCUAUAAGUAGCUCAUCAUUAUUAUUACAAGUUAUGGAUGCAAUACAUCAACGUAUUGAGCGUGAAGAUCUUAAUCAACAAUUUAAUUUAUGGACCCAGAAACGAAUUAAUUACAAUGAUCAUAUUAUUUUAAGCACUGUUUAUUCACAAAUUGUUCAACAAAUAAAUAAGUAUUUGACACCAAACUUAGCAAUUGAACAGCAAAAGCAAAUCAUUCAAUCUACUUUAUAUCGUGCGCAUAUAUUUAAAAUGUGGGAUGCUGAUAAUUUAUCAAAUUUGCAAGAGAUUGCGUAUGAUAGUGAUUUUAUAGAGAAUUCAUAUGAUGUUUCUCAAUCAUAUUUAUUAUCUUUAAUUAAAGAAAAUGAAUAUUCUGAUGUACAAGAGCCAUUUUUAAUGUCAAAUCGAGAUACUAAAUUGGCACCGAUUAUACAUAAAUUAAUUAAUAAAACAAAUACAAAUUUACUUCAAAUUGACAAUGUACAAGAAAAUAAUAUUCAAAGAUCUGUAGACAAAAAGCUUCGGUAUAAUAAAUCUAUGAGUUUAGCGAAGCAAGCUGUUAUAUUACAAGAUGGCGAUGCAAAUGACAAUGAAUUAGAUAUUCUCUUAAAAAGUUAUAUUGAAAAGAAGACUCUUCAAUGUGAAAAGGAAACUAAAGAAAGAGAAUUGCGAAUUCUUAGAGAAAACUAUAGUUCAGGAAAUGCUUUAGCUAUUGAAACUGACAAUGGUCAACUAAUUUCUAUUGAAAAAGUUGCAAAUCUGUUAAAUCAUAUUGGAAAAGAAGCUCUACGCAAGAAAUGGCUUAAAGGUGUACAAGAAAAUUAUCAGCCAAAGAAGAGUAAAGAGCCUACAAAA